GGUUGUUUCUUCCCGUGCAAUGUCAGUGUGCGAACGUUUUUACAACAGUGAGGUUUAAAUCACUCAAUUAUUAGGAUACACGUAAAUUUAAGCUUUCUAAAAUGAGGCUGCUCAUUCUGAUAUUUUCAUUAUGGGCUUCAGCCUACGCAAAACCUGAAAUGUACAAAGAAAAAGAGGACUUCCAGUAUUCAAGAAGUUCAUCGGAUGAGGGAUCAAAAUCAGGCUACUACGGUGCUCAGAGAGGAAACAUGGGAGGAAAUUAUGAAAGAGCUCACAAUAUGGACUCAUUAGCUCAGCAUCAAAUGAAUAAUGUUGUAGGACAAGUGGAUGUAGAAUUAGGUGAGGGGGCAAAUACAAGAACUGGAAGCGUAUUUACUUCUGGAAAUUCUAGAGGCAUAUACGGAUCCGGAAACUAUGAUCUCAGUAACCUUAAAGGUAGAAGCUUCGAAGAGGGCGUUUCGUAUGGUGACUCGCAAUCACAGUCUUCUUUUUUAUCCCAAAAUACUGGAUAUAGCGGUAACUCAUACUCGGCGGCUAAUAAUGCGAGAUAUACUACCAAUCAAUUAAGGGCUUUAGGACUUGCAUCACAGUAUGGCCAGAUCUCUAAUCAGCAAGCUGGCGGCCAAUACAGUGGUGGUAGUAAUUAUGAAUAUGGCAAUCAGGGUGCUAGCAAUUAUAGAUAUUAUACGAAUGGUGGAAGCCAAGCACAUAGUGUGUAUGACCAAAGUGACGCAAAAUUAUAUAGUGUGGGCAAUAAUGAUGAAGGAUCUAAAAGCAAAAUAAUAACCACUCCAGUUAGAAUUUAUUUAAGACCUGGAACUAGAAUAGCAAUACCAGUGUCGGCACAAACUUACGAUGCCUCACAAAGUGCAUUAGUAAAUAAUCAAAAUACAGUUAAUACGGAAGCUGAGUUAUUGAGCAACGGUGGACAGCGAGUCAAUGUAAUAAAACCUACUACCAAUGCGAAACAUUACGAAUCUUCUUACAGCUAUCAUAAGGAAUGGGAAAAACACGAUACUCAACCAUUUACAGUAAUUCCUACAGAAAAUCCCUUUCCCCAAAAUAGUGAACUUUAUGAAGAUUCGCAGUUAUCUCAAUCCAUCGGAAAACAAUUCAAAAGUCAAGUAGAUGCUACAAAUACUCAAGCAAGUAACAUAAAUAGUGCUUACGCAAGUAAAGUAAAUGCCGGUUAUAACAGUGCAUAUGGUGCUCAUACUAAAUCAGCAGCCGCUAGUCGUUUACAAUAUCAAUCUCAACUACAUAAUUCUGGAAGUAACGUAGCAUCAAAUGCACACAUAUUCGACUCUCAAAACUCUGGUUUAUCAACGAAUUUGAAUAGUCUUGUGGAAGAUAUUAAUACCAGACCGAAAAGUUAUCAAUCUUCGUAUUCAUAUCACAAGGCUUGGGAAAGACACGGAGAUCCCUACGUCAUUAAGCCAGUUGGAGGUGAUUUAAAUGCGCUUACGUCCCAAAGACUAAUAGUUCCACCAGCGGAUCAGAAUUUGUACUAUGGCAAUCAGUAUGGUCAAGCUUGUGAUUUACAAUGUCAUUUACGAAAGAAACGAUCUUAUCAUGUUGAACAGUAUCAUCCACAAAUGAAUCAAGAAAAUUCGAAUUCACAAUAUCUACAUGAUUGGUUAAGUGAUUUAGGUCAACAACAAAGUGAACAUCAAACUUUUGACUAUUUAGGACAAGAGAUACAAAAUAAGUGGGAUAAUUUAGAAAAUUUGGGUCAAGAAACUCAAAAUCAAUGGAGCAACAUGGAUUUAGGUCAGCAAACACAAAAUAAAUGGGACAAUUUAGAUAGUUUAAAUCAACAUUCUGAGAGCGCCGUUGAAGAUUUAAGUCCACAAAGCCAAAGCCAACUAGAUCAUUUACAAAAUUUAGGUCAAGAAACACAGAACACGUGGAACAAUUUGGAAACAUUAAAUCAACAACCUCAGAGUAACAUUGAAGAUAUAGGCCAACAGAGUCAAAGUCAACUGGAUAAUUUAGAAGAUUUGGGCCAACAAACACAAAACACAUGGAACAAUUUGGAAACUUUGAAUCAAAAACCUCAGAGCAACAUAGAAAAUGUAGGUCAAGAAAUUCCAAACAUGUGGAACAAUUUGGAAACAUUGAAUCAAAAACCUCAGAGCGAAAUUGAAAGUUUAGGGCAAGAAACUCAAAACACAUGGAACAAUUUGGAAACUUUGAAUCAAAAACCUCAAAGCGACAUUGAAAAUUCAGGACAUGAAACGCAAAACACAUUGAACAAUUUGGAAACUUUGAAUCAAAAACCUCAGAGCGAAAUUGAAAGUUUAGGACAAGAAGCUCAAAACACAUGGAACAAUUUGGAAACUUUGAAUCAAAAACCUCAAAGCGACAUUGAAAAUUUAGGACAUGAAACGCAAAACACAUUGAACAAUUUGGAAACUUUGAAUCAAAAACCUCAGAGUGACAUUGAAAAUUUAGGACAAGAAACUCAAAACACAUGGAACAAUUUGGAAACUUUGAAUCAACAUUCUCAAAAUGGCGUUGAAGAAGUAGGUCAGCAAAGUCAAAACCAACUAGAUAACUUAGAAAAUUUAGGUCAACAGACACAAAACAUAUGGAAAAAUUUGGAUAAUUUUAAUCAACAUCCUCAGAGUGAUAUUGAAAAAGUUGGUGAGCAAAGUCAAACUCAAUUAGAUAAUUUAGAAGAUUUAGGCCAACAAACACAGAGCACAUGGAAGAACUUAGAAAGUCUGAAUCAAAAGCCUCAGAGUGACAUUGAAUACUUAGGUCAAGAGACACAAAAUACAUGGAACAAUUUGGAAACUUUGAAUCAACAACCUCUGAGUAACAUUGAAGAUAUAUGGCAACAAAGUCAAAGUCAAUCACAUAAUUCACAAGAUUUAGGUCAACAAACACAGAAUAUAUGGAAAAAUUUAGAAAGUUUGAAUCAAAAACCUCAGAGUAACAUUGAAAAUUUAGGACAAGAAACUCAAAACACAUGGAAAAAUUUGGAUAGUUUAAAUCAACAUCCUCAGAAUGUCAUAACAGACGUAGAUCAACAAAGUCAAAGUCAACUGGAUGAUAUAGAAAAUAUUGGCCAGGAGAGACAACAGAAAAAUGAACAAUUAGAUAGUAAAGAUCAGCAAACUUUUAAUACUUGGAACAAAAUUGAAAACCAACGAUCACAGAACAACGAUGAAAACAAACUAGACCAACAAAAUCUAUCCCAGCAAGUAGGAUAUAAUGUCUGGAAUAAAAUCGACAACUUUGAGUCCGAACACAAUAUGGAAAGUUACAAUAGGAACUUAAAUCAACAAUUUUAUAGUUCACAUAAAGAAAAUACAGACACUCAGGAUCACAUAUUUCAACAUUAUAAUCAAAAUCAAAGAACUAAUGAGGGAAAACCUACCAGUAAUGCAGAAAAAAAUUUGUGGGACAUCAUUGACAAAGUAAUAAGCGAGUCUGAGAAAGAGACCGAUAUUAACCACAAAAAAUAUGUAACAUAUCAAGAAUGGGAAGAACAACAUAGUGCACAUACUAAUUAUUACCACAAUUCACAUAAUUUUUAUCAACACCAUAGUUUUCAAAGUAAAGAGACAUCAACGGAAAAAACAAUAGUUCCAUCCACUGAAUCCAAAAAAAAUUUAGGCAUUGAAGUAAUUGAUCCUACAAAUAUAACACCAAGAACAGAAAAAAUAAAAACCACUGAGAAGCCGAAAACCACAUUAACAACUGUUGAAAAUAAGUCUCCUACAGAAAUUGGCCGUGGUGAUAUCGGUGCAGAUGAAAUAACCCAGAUAACUGAAGCAAAUGAUCAAAAUAAUUAUAUGAAAGCUGAUGAUGCACAUGAUAAUUUAAAUCCAAAUAACCUAUACAAAACACAAGACGAAAUUGAAUCACUAAGUUUAACCCAUGUUAAUGAAAAUCGAAGCAAUAAAAAAUUAAAUCAAGAAGAAACAGAUGCAAGUGUAAUAGGUUUAGAGCAACAAUUUGAAUCAAUCAACACACCAAUUAGAAAACCAAAAGAUAAUUACAAUAGUCAUAACAAUUUUAAUGACCAAACAAGCCCAAAGCAAUACAGAGUACCCAGCUAUAAUAAACCAUUAACUAUUGAAAGAGAACCUACUUAUGAGGAUUUACAAAAAUCAGACAAUCAAAUACCUAAUAACCUCGAGCUACAAAACUUAAACCAAAAAUGGUUUGACUUAGAACAACAAUUUAGUCACAUGCAGAAUGUAAAAGAUUUUGGUGAACAGAAACAAGAACCCUUUAGUAUAAAUAUGCAACAACAACAUAACGAUUUUUAUAGGCAUUUGGAAAAUGGACAAGAAAAAAUACAAAAACAUGAUUUUAUUGACUAUUACAACGAGCAUUCUUUAAAUGAAGAAAAAGCUAAUAAUGGUAAUAAUUUACAAUCAGUUCCUAAAAGGGAAGAAAUGGUAGAACAACCCAUAGAACCAACCGAAAAACCUGGAUUUUGGAAAUCUGUCUGGAGCAAGACAGUCAAUGCCAAGGAUAAAGUAGUUUCAUGGUUUAAAAAUUAAGAUUUUAAUUAGUACAAUAGAUUAAAUAUGUAAAAAUUUUAAUAUAUAAGUAUAAUUAAAGUUGAAUUAUUAAUACAUAAAUAAUAAUUUCUUCUUAAUAUUAUGUAUUGUUUAUUAUGUUCUAUUCUUUUACUCACAUCAGGUAAAGAAUGAAAGUAUUUAAUGAAUGCUUGCUGCUGCACGGAAUCUGAAAAAUAAGAAUGCAUGUAUUACUAUUUCUUAUUAAACAUUAUCAAACUUUU